GUGUUUAUGAUUAAACGACAGAUAACUGUCCACAUUGGUCCCAGUUUAUGCGGGAGAAAGAUCAUAAUCUACAAAAAUUUGCAAGACGGCGCCUCAUCUCCCAGAGAUCCUCCUUGGAGACCCUGGAAGAUAUUGAGGAGAACGCCCCACUCCGGAGAUGUCGAACUCUCUCAGGUUCACCCAGACCAAAGAAUUUUAAGAAGAUUCAUUUUAUCAAGAACAUGCGGCAACACGAUACCAGGAAUGGCAGAAUAGUCCUUAUCAGCGGCAGAAGAUCCUUCUGCAGUAUAUUUUCAGUGCUGCCGUAUCGCGACAGUACCCAAGUCGGGGACUUGAAGUUGGACGGAGGAAGACAAUCAGCUGGCGCAGUGAGUUUGAAAGAGAUCAUUGGUCUGGAAGGUGUGGAGCUGGGUGCUGACGGGAAGACUGUUUCCUAUACCCAAUUUCUGUUACCCACAAAUGCCUUUGGAGCCCGGAGAAAUACCAUAGACUCCACUUCCUCUUUCUCCCAGUUCCGUAACUUGAGCCACCGCAGCCUCUCCAUAGGCCGGGCAAGCGGCACCCAGGGGAGCCUCGACACAGGUAGUGACCUGGGAGACUUCAUGGACUAUGACCCAAAUCUCUUGGAUGACCCCCAGUGGCCUUGUGGCAAGCACAAACGCGUUCUGAUCUUCCCUUCCUACAUGACAACGGUGAUUGACUACGUGAAGCCCUCGGAUCUCAAGAAGGACAUGAACGAGACCUUCAAGGAGAAGUUUCCUCACAUUAAGCUGACGCUNNUGUCUUUCUCCAGUCUGAAACGAGAGAUGCGGAAGCUGGCGCAGGAGGACUGUGGCCUUGAGGAGCCCACGGUGGCCAUGGCCUUCGUCUACUUCGAAAAGCUCGCCCUCAAGGGGAAGCUCAACAAACAGAACCGGAAGCUGUGUGCUGGGGCGUGUGUGCUGUUAGCAGCCAAAAUUGGAAGUGACCUCAAAAAACACGAAGUCAAGCAUUUAAUUGAUAAACUGGAAGAGAAGUUCCGGCUGAACAGGCGAGAACUGAUUGCCUUUGAAUUCCCAGUGUUAGUGGCCUUGGAAUUCGCCCUCCACUUGCCAGAGCACGAAGUCAUGCCCCACUACAGACGCCUGGUCCAGAGCUCCUAGCACCGGCUCCCAGGAGAGCCAAAGACCGUUUCUUCUCAGCUUGGUGGAGCAGCACUUACUACUGGAAAUGAAAAAACAUAGAACUCAAAAUACCAGACUUCUUCCUCUCGACAUGGUUUGAGGAGAAGCAGUACUAGGAACUUUCCAAGGAGUCUUGGGUGUGUAGCCAAGAGGAGCCAUGAGCUGUGGACUCCUCAAACAAGGGAAGAGGAGGUGCGUGCUGAGAACAGAGAGGCCCUGUCCUCUGUCCACUAGCGAGAAUCGCCAGCUGCCCCAGCCCGCUCUUUCUCCCCAGCAUUCACAAACUUUGCAAGCGUGGUCCAGGGCCUUCUCCAGAUCUGUUCCAACUUGGAGUGUGAAGGGCUUGAGCCUAUGGGGGAAGAGAGUCUGCAGAAGUUGGGGGAAAACUUUUAGAAGAUAACCUCCUUGUGUCAAAGGGUGUGCCAAUCUAUUUUUGUAUCAGCCAUUGGAAGUGCACUUUGCCCUGGGGCGUGUGGGUGUGUGAGUGUACAAGUGUCUGAGAGAUGCUGCAUCAGCCCUAGACCCCCCAGAGCCAGUCCCACCCUUUACAGAGCAGCCUUCAGCCUGGGGCCACGGGCCAGGCUGACCUUCAGCAAUUAUUUCUAGAUGAUUUCUGGAUAAGAAUUGCUCUCUCGGUACCAGACAGUUUGACAUCCUCCACCCUUAGAAAAAUGACGUUGUUUUGUUACUGCUCCUACCCACCAAGGGGGUAAAGAAGGCGAGUUCUGAGUGUUGGAUGAGUCAGUCGCGUGGAAGGGCGUGGAGCGUGGCGCUCUAACUUCCUGCCGUCUGCCACCACACCACGCGUGUUUAACCCUCGCACUUUCUCCACUGUGGAGACGGCUGGGGCGGCGCCCCACAGUGUGUAUUCCUGUCCUCUAUGUUAGAGUGCAUCAUAAGCACAUUUACUGUGCUAUCUAUAUCUCUAUAGAAAAGUGUUUUAUAAAAACCCAGAAUAGGAACACGACGCAUGAUUGGUGUUUGAGGCGUUUGCCAGCUGGGACAAACUGCGUUUGGAGCUGUGGUUAAGCUGACUAAGGAGACGGUGGCUCUUACCAUUCCCACGUGCCCAGGGCUGUUCAUGCAAGAUUUUAAUGGUGAGUUGUCCUCGUUUACCGGGACAGUCUGCAUGAGGCGUGUCACCACACUGUCGCCUCACAGCUGCAAGAGAGAGGCACCAGCUGAAGUUCCCCUGACUGAAGAGAGCCUGUGGCCAUGUAAAAAGAGAAUUAAACUCUUGUUGCUUUUUGUAUACCUGUA